GUGGCAGCGGUCCAUAUUUUCGGCCGGGACAGUAGCACGGUCAGCAGCAGCGAAAGUGAGAAAUAACUCAGUAAACUGGGAUAAAUCUGACCGCGAGGACUGAUGAGCGAACAAAAACACAUAUGAAGGGCAGCAGGAUGAAUGUGGAGACUCUCAGUAAAGCUGAACUUCUGAUGCUGCUCAGCAUUUUGGAAGGAGAACUGGAAGCACAAGAUGUAGUCAUACACACACUCAGGGCACAACAGAGAGAUGCUUUUGUACAAGAGCGAUAUGGACAUUACAACCUCCGUGACCCCUUCAUAGCACUGCUGAGAGACAGCGAGCUAUCGCAGGCUCAGGAUGAUGGAGGGCAGAGUCCCGUGUGUCUGAACCCGCUGGGCGUGUUGAAGCUAGUGAUGGCCCACUGCACCAACAUGAAGGAGAAAAUGAUGAAACAGCUCGCUACCGCAGAGAGGAGACACAGACGGGUAAUAGCUGAUUUAGAAGAAGAGAAACGACGGCGUGCUCAAGACAAUGCUGUGGGUGAUGACAUCACUGCCAUGCUGGAGACGGAACGAGACAGACUACUUCAACAGCUGGAGUUUGAGAGGGCUCAAGUCGAGCAUUUAGAACGUGAGCAGUCAGUCCUGUCGAAUCAAGCUGAGGAGGAUUUAGCGCAGCAGCAACAGUUAUCUUCGACACUGGCGAAAGAAUGUCAGAAGGCUACAGCACGGGCAGAGGAGGAGAGCCAGCGGGUUGCAGAUCUCAGCUGCCAAUUGGAACAGGAGAGCAGUGCCGUCAAAACCCUAAAGGAGGAGCUGGAGAGUGAACGUGCUCAUGCUCAGCAGAUAGAGGCCAGAGCUGAGAGAAAGCUGGCCGAAUUGGAUACAGAGUGCGAGCAGAUGAGAGGGAAACUACUGAAGGAAGAAAAACGAUAUCAGGAGCUUUUGGAGAAGUUCAAUAGUCUAAAGAAAGAGUUGGAUGAAAUGAAAGAAAGAGAAAAGGCAGGACUGGAAAAGGACAAUGAAGAAAAGGUAAAAACUCCACAGAAAGCAACCACAGGGAUCACGCCUCCUCUUAGUCAAACAGAAGUCGAUGGCAAAACCAUUGCAGCUAAAUCAUCUCCGCAACCCAAGCUAAAUGGCCACCACACUCCCAGAGAACCAGAGUCUCCAGCAGACGAGAGGUGCAAGGAAGUGGGAUCGGCGGACAAUGGGAUAGUGCUCCCUGGAGGAAGUGGAGCCUUGCAGUGUCUCUCCCCCAGCAGUCCCGCCUCGUCCUCCCUUAGCUCAUCUCCUUGCUCUUCCCCAGUACUGACCAAGCGUCUGGCCUCUAUAGGCUGCUCUAGUCCGACCUAUCCAUCCUCUUACCAGGCCAGCAUCAACCAGCGAUUCCAAGCAGCACGCCACAAGUUUCAGCAGCAAGCUGAGGCAGAGCACCAACACGGAGCAUCCAUUGUCCACUCGCCUCGAGACCUCUCUCCUACUGCGACUGCUCCUACUACUCCAGACAAUUCUACUGCAAAGCAGAUUGCCCGCAACACUGUCACUCAGGUGCUGUCGCGGUUCACGAGCCAACAAGCAACAAGUAAACUCCCUCCGUCCAACAGCUCACCCUUUGGCACUGAUUACCGCAGCCUGGCCGCAGCCUCCUCGCCGACAGCGAAGAGUCCGGGGGUUAUUUCACCAGGGAUCCGCUCACCAAUAAUUCCUAGGGCGGAGAAGAUUCAUCCACCCGCUGUUCCUCCUAAAAAGCAGGGGGUCAACCAGUCUCCCAGCUCACCGGUUCCUUCUGGUAGGGCCAGCCACUUCCCUGAGCUCUCUGGGAGCUGUGGUCUCACCAGUGGUCAGGAAGAUGCAAAAGAGUUUGACUUGGUCAUGUCGUCAUCUAGUUAACCAGCCUAAAGUUCACAGCCUGUUCUUAGCCUUCUCCACUCCAUUCCCUCCAGUGGCAUCUAAAGCACUCUCUCCUUCUUUUGUUAUUUUCACCCUCAUUGUCUUGUCAUAGUUGUUAAUUCUUGUCCUUAAAUGGAUAGUUCAUCCAAAAAAUGAAAAUUCUUUACUCACCCUCAUGCCUUUAUUACCUUUUUGGAUCUUUUUGCUCUCCUGGACUUUCAAUGGAGGGACAGAUAUCUCUCACUGAAAAGUAUCUUCAUUUGUGUUUUGAUGAUUACUCAAAGUCUAAUAGGUUUGGAACAACACGAGGAUGAGUAAAUGCAGACAGAAUUUUCAUUCUUGGGAGAACAAUUCUUUUAAGUACCUCGUUUUGGAUGUCUCCUUAUCUGAAACAGUUCAGGUCUUGGAACCUUUGCAAAUGAGCUAAUGUGGUAAAGAAAGACAUCCAGAAUGUGCAGUGAUACAAUACUCCAGAACUGAAAACCACUGGUCUGAAAGGGUAGCCAAGCCUUCUUCUGGAGAACUACCUUUCUGCAGAAUUUUGCGCUAACUUUAAUCAAACAACCCUGAACCAGCUAGUCAAGGUGUUCUGGAUUACUUGAAGAUUAAAGGCAGGUUGUGUUGGAACUGAGCUCUGCAGGAAGGUAGCUCUAUAGAAAUGGUCGGUUACCUCUGCUCUAGUGUACCUUGUACGUUUUCUCCAAGGUUGUCCAACUCUGAUUUUGGAGGGUUACCUGCAGAGUUUAGCUCUAACCCUGAUUAAACACUCCUUAACCAGCUAAUCAAAGUCUUCAGGAUUACUAGAAACAUCCAGGCGGGUGUAUUGGAGCUAAACUCUGUUGAAAGGUGGUCGUCCAGGAGCAGAAUUGGACAUCUCCAUUGCAAUAGUAAGGCUGGCCACACACUAGACGAUUUUCAAAUCUUAACUGAUUUUAAAACCACAGGAGACCACAUACAUGAAGACCGUUUUAACUGAUUUUGAGCCUUAUAAUCGUUCUGUCUCAAAUGGGUACAGUUAAAUAAUCGUAAUGACACCACACCAUAUAGAGGAUUUUUUGGACAAAAAAAAAAAUAGUUUGCGACAAGCCUUUAAUCAGGACUCCCACCAAUCCCCCUCCCUCCCUAAAAUCUUCUAGUGGGCAGCCAGCUUAAGUGCACACAGAGGUGAUGCCUCACUGAAAACCUUCGGUAUCACAGAACAAACCUUAACCUGAGCCCAACCCAUAUCCUAACUGUGUGGAAAGUUCGAAAGGAACACACACAGCCAACCUGUUAAAUACUACUCCUCUAAGAUUGAAUCUAUUUAAAUACUAUUUCUUUUAAAGUUUUAUUUCAUUUUUAUUUUUUACAAAAAGAUUUUUAUUUAUCCUAAAAUGUUACUAUUAGUCCAUUCCUGAUGACCUGCACAGAUAAAAAAAAAAAAAAAAUAGUAUAUAAAGUAAAAACUAUGCUAAGCAAAUAGUGAUUAACCAAGUCUUUAACCAACCGGUCAGUCUUAGGCUACUAAUGCGGUCUUGAUCUGUGUCUGGCUAAUGUGUGACAUUUAUUUUAUGUUUAUGGUAUAUAUAUAAAGUAUUGGUUUUCUGGCAAGCAGUAAUAUAAUAUGAUGUGCAGUUGCUGUUAAUUUCCUAAAUCUUAGAAAUUAACUACUGGAGAUAUGAACUGAUAUGAAACAGUCAUGGAAAACUCUGUGUCCUACUGUAUUGCACCAUAACUACAUUGUCCUCUAGUGUCAAUCUGAAGCGCUGCUCAGGAAGCUGCCACCUAGUGGUCGGGCAGCAUUAAACAACAGCCAAACCAGAAUACCUUCUCUGUAAAUGAAGAAUAAAAAUGAAAUUCUUCUUGAGAAUCAUGAAAUGUGACAUGAUAGUCAACAAUAUUUACAAUCAAAUCAAAAUGUUAUGUUCUGAGAAUGUAAGUCUGGGUCUAAUAACCAUGCCUGGAUGUAUUACUCCAUCACUGAUCUUUAUGUUUAUGCUGUACAGUCUUAUCUUUAAAAAAUUAAUUUUAAUUAAAUAUUAGGUAGACCCUAUAGCACCAGUUUACAUGAUUCACAACCAUGGUAAAAGCACAAGUGAGUAAUGUCAUCAUUUAAUGAUUACUUUACCCUGGGACUUUGUUUUCUUACCGGUAUUCUUCUUGAAGUCUUAACUUUUUAGUAUAAAAAUAGACAUGAUUUUAUGUUUGUGUAAAAAUCUUGCUGGCAUUAAGGUAUUGCUCACAUGAAUACGCUCACGAGAGAACAAAGUAUGUUGGGUUUUUAUGAGUAAAUGUGGUGCAUGUAUCUGUCCUGUCCUACAUAGGUUUCAGCUGUUCUUUGUCAUUUAAUGUUUCUGUUUUUAAAUACCUCACCAUUUCUCCUACUGUACUGAAACCUUUUUAAGUAGCAGUUUAGAUUUUUACUACUGGAAUGUUUGUUUUUUUGUGCAUCAAUAAACCUGAACCGACACUUGGAAUUUUUAUAUUUCUACCCGAGAAUUUCAAACUUUUAGCUAGUUGUAUGAAAAUACAGUUUGUUAAAUUAGUUGCAUUUUUCCAGAUGAUUUUUACACGUUAGCGGUGUUGAAUAAAUUUAUGACCAACUGUAUUUCAUCCCCUAAGCUAAUAAAGUUUUUUUUUUUUUUUUUAAGUUAGUUUUUUUAUUCCUAUGCAUUUGACAUUUUGACUGUAGGCCUCACCCUAAAAAUAUCACUAGGACUAAAUCUGUAAAGACGUCAGGCACAAACACAACAGUUUACACAAUAAAGGCUCAGAAGUAACCAUUUAGUCAUUUUGGUGCCAUUUACUGUGAGCAGACGUUACGUUUGCAUGAUUUAAAAUCUGAAAAAAUAAAGGUUAUGAGACAGAGAAUAUGCCAGUCUUACAGGAUGGGUGUAUUUUACAGAUGAUCUUUGAUGGAACAGUCAAGACAAACAAGGUUAACGAGAAAGCAGGGUGGCAGAAACAUGCACUUGCAACACUGAUGGAGCCCUCAGUACUCUGGACAAGAGAGAGACUCAGAUGUACUGUGUGGGUUGUGGAUUUGUUGCAGACUGGAUACCCUAAAUGCAUCACAAGUACCUGUAACAGACAGUCUAAACCUCUAUACGUGAAGAAAAUUCAUCUGGUGUAUAAAUAUAAAACUCAAGAUUUAAUUUGGAUGCCUUUGCCACCAAAGAGGGUUAUCCAUGGGUUUAUUUAUUCUGUCUUUUUGGGUUAUUCAACCAUUUUAGUUUAGCAGACUGUGAGUCAGACAAAGAUACGGUGAAAGCAGUUAAGACAGAUGGACUCUCCAAACCCAGACACAAAGCCCAUUCCCCUCCUCUCCUCGCCUGACCUCAUGCAUUCCGUUACAGCCUGGACAGUUGAGGAAAGGACAGCAGGAAAUCUCAUCUCCAGGUUGUCAGUAGGCGGAGGAGGAGGAAGGUGGGAUUGUCGCCUGACUGGGGUUUGGAGAUACAGUGAGUGAGGCAUUAAUUAUCCACCGUUUUAAAACACAAAAACCGUUUGCACAAGCAUUGCAGCUGUCACAGUUCACAAAAAAAAAAGACAAAUCAAAACAA